AUGGCUUCACGUCUUAGCACUGCGUGGCUCAUCGCACAAGCUGCCACUGUUUCGGGCUUAUCUUUCAACGUCCCAUCAUCUCCGCCGGCCAACUCGAGCGCCCAGCUUACCGAUGCCCCAGUCGGCGUUUCCUUCGAGUUCUUUGCUUUCCCAGGCUAUUGGAAUGAUGUACCCAGCACUUCCACCUGCCUGCAGAACCUGAAGGAUCUUUCGGGAACUUGGCCGUCUAUCAGAAUCGGAGGAACGACACAGGACCGAGCUACCUACGAUGCUUCCUCUAGCCAGCAGGUCACUUACACAGUGGCCAAUGCUGGAGAUGCGCCAAGCACGCUUACUUUCGGGCCGUCUUUUAUGUCCUUGGCAGGCACCUACGAUGGAAAAGUGACCAUAGGCUUCAAUCGUCGACUUAACAACCUCGCGAACACCGUCUCUGCCGCAUCCAAGGCGGUUGAUCAGAUUGGCAGCCUCCAUGCGAUUGAGCUCGGCAACGAACCUAACUUUUUCAGCAGCAGUGAUCCUAUCGCCCAAGGUUCCUCCUGGACAGCAUCAGCGGACUACGCCAGCGAGAUAAAGUGGCAAGAUGCCGUGUGCGGCAAUCUCUCCGCGACCAACCUCAUCUCCGCCGGUGUGUUCUUCGGAACCAGCCCGAUGAGCAUCGCAGGUUUGACCGCAGCCGAGGGCCAGGCCAACAGCUACGUUAGACAGUACUGCUCGCACAACUACCCACAGUCCAAGAGCACUGCCAAUCUAGCAAAGUUGAUGAGCCACAGCGCUAUUGCAUCCCAGAUCAAGCCUUUCGCGAAUGAAGUCGCGGCUGCGGUUGCUAAGGGCAAGCCUCAUGUCUUUGGAGAGACCAAUUCUGCUACUCAGGGCGGUGGCGGCAUCAGCCCUACCUACGGCGCUGGACUCUGGCUCCUCGACUAUGUCAUGCAAGCCCUGAUCAUGGGUACAGAGACUCUGUACUUCCACCAUGGCACCAUCGGAAACUGCCAGUACUGCUGGUGGGGAAAGUACUCCAUGGGCUCUCCUUAUUUCGGAGCCUACUUUGCCACCAUGGCUCUCGCUGGCGCUGACAAGAUCGCCCCCUUGGAUGAUCAGACGACCGGUUACGCUGCAUAUGCCAUUUACAAAGAUGACAAGCCUAUUAGGGUUCUUCUGUAUAACUCUGACUACUACACCACUGGCACUCGUCCUUCUCAGGCUUUCACACUGUCGGGACUCUCUGGUUCCACUGUUUCAGCUAAGAGGCUCACUGCCGCUGCUUCUACGUCCAGAGUCGAUGCAGGCCAGAGCCCGACCGUUGCUGGGCAGACAUUCCAGAAUGGAUCGUGCAAGAUUCAAGGUCAGAGCACGGUUGAGUCGGCCACUGUCUCGGGGGGAAAGGCGACGUUUACUCUUCAGGCUUCCGAAGCUCUACUGGUGACGCUGUAG